AGCAGAGCUCCCUGAGAGAGGCACAGCAGCACUGCAUCAAGGAAGAGCCCACCUACAGCCACGAUGCUCAGCACAAAGCUGGUCCUGCUGCUCCUGCUGCUCCUCAGCAUCUUCCAGUACAGCUCUGCAGCCCCAUAUGCACCUUCAGAAUGCUGUUACGAACACACAAAAUUCGCUCUCCGUCUCGAAGCGCUGAAGAGUUUCUAUGAGACUUCCCACGACUGUCUUCUACAAGCAAUUGUGUUUGUGACAAAGAACGGGACCAAGGUCUGUUCAAAACCAAACGCACCUUGGGUGAAAAAAGCAGUUAAGUAUCUUCAGAAAAAGAACAACCCUCAAGCUGUGUGAUGCAGAGCAGACACCCAAAUUGAGGAUUGCAGCUUCCUGAUGGGAAGAUUUACACUCAGCCUCCUGCGGAGGUCCCUGAUGCUGGCAGACAGCAGCGACUCCCCAGAGCCCUGCAUGGCACCACAUCCCGAGGUGCUACAGCCCUGCCAGCUCCCACCUGCAGGACACAGUUCCAAAAUAAAGGUUGAUUUUGCACACUA